AGCAGUUUGUUUUGAUCUUGUGUUUCGCUGAUUCGAUUGAGUAACAACUUUGCUCGUCUUUUGAUAGUGAAAAUUUCCGGCAAAAUGUUAUCGAUUUCCAGAAGUAGCCUUCUGGCGCGGCUCGGUCCGAUUCGUAGCCUAUGUCCGGCUGCAUCGUCCCGGUGGAAAUCCUCAUCGCUACCGCGGAAAGAGGAGGAAGAGUUCGCUUCCGACAGCGACAUCAAAAUCAGCACCAAACCGACCCACCACCGGUUGGAGAAGCGCAAUCCGCUCAUGAAGAACAUGUUCAUCGGAGUAGUGGACACCGAUCUGCUGGUGUAUCCAGAAUCGCUAAACCGGGACGAGCAGUCCCGAGUGGUUUCGGAACGGGAAUCAUACGAGCGGAUAGUGAAAACGAGUGAACCAAAUGAGUUGCCCCAGAAGCUGAGGAAUGCUGGAGUUUUCGGCUUGCAGUCGCCAUUGAAUCACGGCGGAAAGCAGCUUAUUGAAACGGAGUUGGCAUAUUUCAGCGAGAUUAUUUCCAAGGACUUCCGGACGGGGUUGGUUGCUGGGCAGCAUAAUGCCAUCGUUCAGCUUCUGGAUCGGUUCGGUUCGGAUCUGCUGAAGGAAAAGUGUAUGGAAGCGUUGAGCAGCGGACGGGUGACGGUUAGCAGCGCGUUGUUUGAGGAGGAAGCUCCCUCGGGAACCAUGUUCAGCACGAUUGCCACGCAGGAUAUGGAUCAGAAACGGUGGAUACUGAAUGGGGCGAAAUCGUUUGUGAUUGAUGGCGAUAAAGCGGGGUACUUCCUGGUACUGGCCUCGACCAAAGACAUGGACCAGAUGAGCGCCCAGGAUACUACGAUAACGGCGUUCUUGGUCGAUGCCAGUGAGAAGGGAGUCCGCAAGGCGAAAGCCGAUGAAACGUUCGGGUUGAACGAUGUUAAACAAGUUACGGUGAGCUUCGAGAAUGUGGAAAUCGGAGAAGAGAACAUUCUCGGCAGUGAGGGAACCGGAGCGGAGGUUCUGGUUGAACUACUGAAAUCGACGCGUGUUCAAACUAGCGUCCUGGGUGUGCAAUUGAUGAAGCAGUUCCUGAACAGUCUCACGCGCCAUUGUAUCGAAACCAAAACCGGUGGUGGACACAUCAUGGACAUUGAAAACGUCAGUGAGGAGCUGGCAAAGGCCACCUGCUCGGUGUACGCCGCGGAAAGCAUGAUCUACCUGACCACGGGUCUGCUGGACGAUUUCAUCGGCCAAGACGCGGAAAUGGAAGCGGCGAUUACGAAAAUCUUCACCGCCGAGAAGCUCAUGGACAUGGCCAUCCAACCACUGCGGUUUGUUGGCCAACAAGCUCUGACCAAGGGUCACCCGCUGGAAGCUUUGUUCCGGAACUCGGUUCAAUUUUUCGGACAGAGCGAAACCAUUGAUUCGGUCAAAUUUUUCGUUGCCCUCAGCGGUCUGCAGCACGCCGGUAUGGCAACGCAUGAAACCAUCCGAAAAGAUCGCAACCCGGCCAUGAAUCCGUCGCACGUGAUAUCGAAGAUUUUUGAAAAGAACACCAUCGACAACCCGAAGCAGUUCGUCAAUCUGGAGCAUUUCAUGCAUCCCUCGCUGGACCCGGCCGCCCACUGGGUUGAGUUCUCCAUCAUGCGACUGAAGCUGGCCACGGAAUGUGUCCUCUCGCGGCACGGCAGCGAAGUCAUCGGCAGGCACAUCGAACUGAUCCGGUUAGCCGAUAUGGCCGUUCUUAUCUAUGCGAUGGUGGCCACGUCAGCCCGAGCAUCCCGGGCCUACUGUAUAGGGCUGCGACAUGCCGAGCAGGAGAUCUAUCUGGCGAAUGCAUUCUGCCAGGAUGCCCAGGAGAAGGUGCGGGUGCUGGCCAAGCAACUCGAGCAGGGUCAGUUCAUUACGAACGAUACCAACUAUGGCGCCCUGGCGCGGUACCUUUUCAAGCAGAAGGAGUACUUCUUCGAACAUCCGCUGACGAAGAAUUUCUAGGUUUAGUUGAAUGUGAAGCGUUGGAAGUAUAUUGUACAUUAUGUUAGCU